CACCUUUAAUGCUUUAAAGACACAUCAUGUGUCUUAAGGUGACACUUGUAGCUAAAUGAUACUGCAGUCAUGUAAACCUGAAUAUUUCCACAUGGUGAGGUCAAAGUCCAAGUGAAUUGCCCUAUAGGUCAAAGUUUUUAGAAAUUCAGCUGAAGCCGAGUUCGUUUCUGGGAAAUUUCAUGUCACAAAAUGUAAGAUUUGGCCUGAAAAAUCUGUAGGAUUGUGUUGCAUAGCAUAGUAAUUGAAUGGUUUCCUCUUCUUCUCUCAGUUUAUCCAACAUUGACCGUAGCAAAAUGCCAUUGGGAGAGGAUGGACACUCUUGGAAAAAGAAAACGUCGAGCAUCAAGGACAUCUAUGACUUUAAAGAGGUUUUGGGAACAGGGGCUUUUUCUGAGGUGAUGCUCGCAGAGGAGAAGAGGACUAGAAAACUAGUGGCGAUAAAAUGCAUCCCGAAAAAAGCUCUAGAGGGGAAAGAGAACAGCAUUGAAAAUGAGAUCGCCGUGCUCCACAAGAUUAAACAUGCCAACAUAGUUUCCCUGGAGGACAUCUAUGAGAGUAAAUCACACCUCUACCUUGUCAUGCAACUAGUGUCCGGUGGUGAGCUCUUCGACAGGAUUGUGGAAAAAGGAUUUUACACUGAGAAAGAUGCCAGUAAGCUCAUCCAGCAGAUCCUGGAUGCUGUGAAGUACCUGCACGACAUGGGCAUCGUGCACAGAGACCUGAAGCCAGAGAACCUGCUGUACUACAGUAUGGAUGAAGACUCCAAAAUCAUGAUCAGUGAUUUUGGCCUGUCAAAGAUUGAGGGUUCAGGUAGUGUGAUGAGCACAGCGUGUGGCACUCCUGGAUAUGUAGCUCCUGAGGUUCUGGCACAGAAGCCGUACAGUAAAGCAGUGGACUGCUGGUCAAUCGGGGUCAUCGCGUACAUUCUUUUAUGUGGCUAUCCACCAUUUUACGAUGAGAACGAUGCCAAGCUCUUUGAGCAGAUCCUGAAGGCAGAGUAUGAGUUUGAUUCACCGUACUGGGAUGAUAUCUCUGACUCAGCCAAAGAUUUUAUUGUGCAUUUAAUGGAAAAAGAUCCCAGUCAGCGUUACACGUGCGAACAGGCUCUUCAGCACCCAUGGAUCGCUGGAGACACAGCGUUGGAUAAGAAUAUCCAUGAAUCUGUCAGUGCCCAAAUUAAGAAGAACUUUGCCAAAAGCAAGUGGAAGCAAGCAUUUAAUGCCACAGCAGUAGUUCGUCACAUGCGCAGGCUGCAGUUGGGAACCAGUCAGGAGGGCCAAACGCAGUCCACCCUGCCCAGCCCCUGCCACGGACACUUGCUGCUGCCCGAGGGGGGCGAGGAAGAGAGCUCCCUGCAGAGGGAAAACAGUGGCUGUUCUGAGGGUGUCAGUGAUGGAAAUGACAUCCAGAACUGCACCUACCAUGUCCAUCCUACUAGUCGGGUCUGAGUGUCAAUCAUCUUGCAGUAACCAAUGACUGACUGUCCUAUUUUUCCACUGGAGUCCUGCCACACCCCCAGUCUGGCCAGGAAUACUGAGUAGUUCCAGCAUCCUGCCACUUGGAGGCGCUGCAAUGUAAAGAACCAAGGUGGGAAUGGGGUCAUUACUAUUCCAAUGGAGCGAUUCUGUUUAAUGAGAGUUCGAAAAGAGACAUGAAGAUUGCCACAGGCACUUCAUGGGUAAUAUAUACUAUUGUGGGAGCUGGAUAGAGAUUGGACAGUGUUUUAAUUCGUUUUUUAAAACAACACCGUCUACUUUCAUUUUUCUUUUCCUGAACUAAACGUCCACAGGCCUGUUUCUCGUUUAAUUCAAAAUGCGACAGUGGCUGAUGGUAUGUGGCCUGAUUUAAUGCACAUACAUUUUAGAUUUGUUGACAUUUUAUGAGAUUAUGAAUUUUGGCGUUAGUUUAUGCUAAGAUUGCCCAUUUUAAAUGCACAUCUUGAAUGGUAAAUAUUCUUUCUUUUCAACUAAGGUACGAACAGAUUUCACAUCCAUGAGAUUCUACAUAUUAGUUGUGUUGCCACAUCUCAGUUGCUUUGUACAUCCAA